UUUAUACAGUAUUCUAUGAUUAUACACGUAUACGAAUUUGUGGAAACAAAUAUUUCUGAAACAUUGGUUAAAUAGUAGCAAAUGGUUAAGUCAGUGUUAUGUUUCUAUUUUAAUUUUUCACGUUUUUAUAAUUUAUCUCUUAGUUGAAAUAAAAUUAAUCAAUUACUUUGACCUAUAAAUUUAUUAAAAAAAUCAAAAAGUCAAUAUGAUUCUUCAAGGAAUGUUUGACGAUAUUAAACGCAUGGACAAGCGGCAGUUUUUCUAUCAAGUUUUAAGCUUUGGUAUGAUCGUAUCAUCAGCUUUAAUGAUAUGGAAAGGAUUAAUGAUUGUCACAGGAAGUGAAAGCCCUAUUGUCGUUGUACUGAGUGGAAGUAUGGAACCGGCAUUUCAUCGUGGGGACUUGUUGUUUUUAACUAAUUACCAAGAUGACCCAGUAAGAGUUGGAGAAAUUGUAGUAUUCAAAGUGGAAGGAAGAGAUAUUCCUAUAGUACAUCGUGUACUCAAAUUACAUGAAAAAGCUGAUGCUAACUCAACAGUUAAAUUUUUAACAAAAGGAGAUAACAACUCAGUUGAUGAUAGGGGUCUUUAUGCACCCGGUCAACUGUGGUUAACUCAUAAAGAUGUGGUUGGAAGAGCCCGUGGAUUUUUGCCAUAUGUUGGAAUGGUUACAAUUUAUAUGAAUGAAUAUCCAAAACUGAAAUAUGCAGUUUUAGCAAACCUUGGAUUUUAUGUUCUUAUACACAGAGAAUAGUGAAGUGUUUUUUAAUUAAUAAGGGAACUUUUUUUUUCAUUUCUAAAAUUUAUUUAAGACAAAAAUAAAACAAGUAAUAAUAUAAA